CAUUUCUAUAGUCUCCCAAUAAUCAGGUCUUUAAUAAUUAGUUUCAUAUAUACAUAUAUAUAUAUAUCUAUGUUAGUAUGUAUGUAUAAACAUACCUCAUCUUCGUGUUCAAGCACUCCUCCUCCUCAGCCAAUUCUCUGAAACGCGAUCAUGAAAUACAGCGAGAUAUCCCACUUCAGCCACCCACAACACAAGCUCAGAUUCGAGUACUCUGAAUUUCCAUUCAAAUGCGAUGGUUGCAAGGAGGUCGGCAUAGGAUCGCGAUACAAGUGCUCGAUGUGCGAUUACGAUCUUCACGUCCAUUGCGCUAUCCCUUCGCCCUCGAUCUGCCACCCUUUCUACAAGAAAUGCUCCUUCCAAUUCCUGAUCCGGCCGCCGGGGGAGAUGGCGCGUUACUGCAACGCGUGCGAGAAGGGCGUGAGUGGAUUCGUGUACCACUGUAGAUCCUGCGGGUUCGACCUUCAUCCGUGCUGCGCGAAACUGCCGAUGGUACUGGACGACGGAGAAAUCAAGCUGUAUCUGUACAGAAAGGUGAGCUCGGCAUGCCACCGGUGCGGGCGAAAGGGACGGAGCUGGAGUUACAGAUCGAAUUGCAAGAAGUACAAUCUGCAUGUGGCUUGCGUGAGGGAGAUGCUGGUGGAGAGUUGGCAUGAGAUAUACAUGGAAAGCUAUAAGGGGAAGGGAUCGGGGACGAGGAUUCCGAGGUUGAAGAACACGCUUCAGAGCAGCCAUGGCAGUGGUAGGAGCAAGGGGAAGGUGAAGAAGUGCUGUGAGAUCGCGGGUCUGGCGGUGCAGUUUGUGAUAUCGGCGGUGCUGGGAGAUCCGACGGUUCUCAUAGCGGGGGUCGUGGGAUCACUGAUGUCACGAGGUUGAUGGGUAUGCAGAGAAGCCAUUGUGGGGUAGCUUCGUGGUCGAAGUAGUGAAAUGGAUCUGUAAUGAUGAAAGUGGUUCAGUUGUUGAUCAAUGGGAGAUGUAGUGGCAUGCCAUCCCAGGACUCACUGUAAUUUACUCAACAAGCUCUCUCAAUCACUAUGAUCAACUCAACUUCAUACCUCGCUCUUUAAUUUUUCCCAACAAAUCCAUAUAUGAUAUCAAUAUCAAUUUCUUAA